AUGCUGCUUACCACGGGUUUACUGGUCGCCAUAAUUGCAAUCCUAAACUAUUUUAACCGCCAGCCCCAACCUCCCUGGUCCCAUAUCUCCUUGAACUCGGCGAUUUCCUGGCUCAGUACCAUUUCUAAGGGUUAUGUAUUGUAUACCGUAAAAGAAGGACAGAGCCAGUUAAAUUUAGCAGUUAUUAUGGCACUCGCAUUGGAUCCAUUUACCCAGAACCUAGUCUAUUAUUACUCUGACCUAGUCAUCGAUCUCUCCCAAACAGCCAUACUGUCACACAACUCAGUGUACGAUGCCGUAGGCUUGCCUUGGCACACAGGUGCAAGUAUAUCAAGUAUUAUCGCUUAUUGCCACUCCCCAGACCCAAUUGCUACACUGGAACUCAGCGCCCACUGUGCAAACAUAACAGAUUAUGUGAUACCAUUUUGCCAUACAAUCAAGAGUACAGAGGUAUGGGAUAGGAUAAGAAACUGCACCCUUACCCUUUUGUCAGAAGAUUCUGUUACAAACAAAUGGCAAGCCAUAGAAUAUACUCUAUUCCCAGCUAAUCGCAGCUGUCGGACAAAAGUCUCUAGCGGCCGUUGCCAUGAGGAAACCCUGGCUAUUUGGUCAAACCUUUCUCUGACUGAGCUCAGACAAAAUACACAUCCCCCCUGGGGACCUGAGCUGGGCGUUCAGCCUAACACAAAUUUCACAAUUUUCUCACGGUCAGUGGGGACAAUCUAUGACUUUGUUCUCGCCUAUUCGAAUAUCACUAGCUACACAGCCAGCUCUGUUGAGAAACUUCACUGCGCCAUAAAUAAUAUCGCGGCAGCAAUAACCAAAACUUUUCGUGAUACGAAGCCGACUUCGCUGGCUUAUCCAGCAACUACAGGUCAGGCCCUGACAAGUACUGUAUAUAUCGACAUACACUGGCAGUGGAUUGUGAUCCCAGUUAUGGUGUGGCUUCUUGGAAUCAUCACUUUACUUGGUACAGUGUGGAAAGGUCGAAGAACUAGUUUUUCUAGGUGGAAGACUGAUAUAAUACCUUUAUUAUUCCUAUACCAAGGUAGUCAAGAUGAAGUUCAGGAGCCAUACCCUGCACACUGCAUUAGUCUUUAG